CGUUGGCAAGAAGUCUUAGAUACUAAUGGUAAUUACAUAAACUUUUUUUAUUGUAAUAAUAAUACAAAAGUAAAAACUUAAACCAAGUGUCUCAUUACUUUUGUGCCAACCCGAUAUUUAGUAAAAAUGUUUGAUUGACAUGACAUUGACAAGACAUUAACAUUGACAAUGACGUUUAUUGAUGUUUACAAGUUUGUCUAAGUUGGUGUCGAUCGAAAUAUGUUUGUAGAUUUAGAAAUGCAUCGUAGCUUUGAUAUUUUGUCAAAUAUCGAAACUUAUUAGAUUUUUCAUCUCUAACAUUCAGUACUGUUGAUAUCAAAAAGUUAGUUAUCAGUUUAUGUUCUGUUUUACUUUGCAGCGCCAAGUUCAAUACGCCGCUCCUGCUGGUCAGUCUCUCUGUGUAUCAUCCAUCAUUUCGUUCUUAGUCUUCGUUGUGGCUGGUCAUUUAAUCGUUUGUAGUCACCUUAGUAGAUAUAAUGAAGUGUUUGAUAGCAAUUCUUUUAAUUAUAACAACAAUAAGUGCAUCCCCAACUCCUGUAGUGUUAUGGCAUGGAAUGGGUAAGCAUUAUUCUAUAAAUUAGGCUUAAAUUUUUAAGUGACGUAUCUACAAAAUGAACUUUAAAAAAGGUCAGCCAGAUUUGAUUUCAUUAUCUUUUUUGUGGCUGAAAACAAUAUUGUUUUCCUUAAGUACAGACUCAAAGACUAUUAAUAAUUCAUGCAUUUGUUUUGAGUAUAUGAUCACCAUUAUGAUAUAAAUUGAAAAUUGUUAUUGUAAAUUAUUAAUUGUCAUCAAGUGGUUGUUAAUUUUGUAAUAAAUUAAAAUAAAAUAUUAAUUUCCUUUGGAGCUUUAUGGUGCAGUAGUUAGCAUGUUCGGUCUGUGAUGCAGAAGUUAUAUUACUGAAUUAUAACAAUUAAUCCAAAAACCACUGAUUUACUUAUCUGCUAGCUACUGUAAACUGAUUUUAUAUUUUAGAAAAAUAGCAAAUACUAAAUGCAUACGCAUACAAUCAUCGUUAGUUGAUUCUAAUGCCUAAAUGCUGUUAAAAAUAAAUUAUUUUAGGAGAUGCCUGUUGCCUGUCAUUUAGCUUGGGAGCAUUCCGCGCAUUUCUGGAAAACCUGAUCCCAGGUGUAUAUGUAUAUUCCAUCAGAAUUGGCAACAACAGUGUUGAAGAUAUAGAGCAUAGCUAUUUCAUGAAUCCCAACAAGCAAGUAGAGAUUGCAUGCAACCAAUUGGCUGCGGAUCCAAAACUUAAGGAUGGUUUCAAUGCCAUAGGCUUUUCACAGGGGAGCCAGUUCUUGCGAGCCUUAGUACAGAGGUGUGGUGAUCAGCUUUCUAUCAAAAAUCUUAUCUCACUCGGAGGUCAACACCAGGGUGUUUAUGGAAUACCUCACUGUGGAGCCCUUAAGCACAAACCAUGUGACUAUGUGAGAAAACUCAUCAACCAUGCAGCUUAUACUGAGUGAGUAGCAACUCAGCCUUUUUGCUUAUAUUUAAAGGCCUUUAAAUGACAUGUUUUGUAUG